GUAAAAUAUAUUCGCUUCUUUUUAUAAAUAGUAAUACAGUUAUAAUUUUAUUCAACCUAGUCAACAACAUGGCGAAAGUACACGUGCAAAAAGAAGAAAAUUUAUCAGACUUGGAUUCGGGUUCUGAAGCCGAUGUUGAGAGUGAAGACGUUUCUGAUGCUUCAGACCAAGAAUUAAGUGAUGAUGGUAACAAAAAAUCAGGAAUGGCUGAUGCCAUGGCAAGGAUUCUGGGUAAGCAGGUGCCGAGUAAGAAGAACGUCAUCCUUGCUAAAGGAAUGACAGAUAAACAGAUAGAGAGAAAGCGUAAACUAAAAGAAGGCGGUGAAAAAGAUGAAGUUGACAAAAAAAAAAUCUACAUUGAUCAAGUUACUCGACAAGCAAAGAAAAAAGAAUGGGAAAAUAGAGGAAGAAUGAAACCACAACCACUAGAGAGAACAACAGAAAAGGUUUUACAAAGAAUAGCAACCAGGGGUAUAGUUCAACUAUUUAACGCUGUCAGAAAACAACAGAAAUUAUUGGAUGAUCAGUUGGUAGAGGCGGGAUCAUCAGAAAGACGCAAAGAUAAGGUUGUGGAAUCGAUGACGAAAGGAAAGUUUUUAGAUAUUUUAAAAGGAACAGCCAGUAAAUCAGAAGACAGUAAAAACACAAAAAACAUAAAUAAGCAGAAACAACGAGAGACGAAUGAAAAUAUAGAAGACUCGGUUGAGGAAGAAGAAGACUCAAAAUGGAGUAUUUUACGCGAUGAUUUUAUGAUGGGAGCUACGAUGAAAGAUUGGGAUAAAGAGGGGAGUGAUGGGGAGGAAGUACCCGAUGAUUGACAGGCAUCCAUAUUGAUGUUAUUAUUAUGUAUAUAUGUAUUAAUAAAUGUGUACAUAGUCUU